AUGGCAGAGAUCCAAGAAAGAGACAUACUAUCAGGGAUCAAGCUAUUCGGCGCCACGAUUCCAAUCAUUAGAGAAGGAUCAGAGCCAAACGAUGACGGAUCAGAUUCAACGAAAGAGGAAGAUCGGACGGCUGAGAAGAAUAAGAUCAUCCCGUGCCCGAGGUGCAAAAGCACGGAGACCAAGUUUUGUUAUUUCAACAACUACAAUGUUAAUCAGCCCCGACACUUCUGUCGGGGCUGCCAGAGGUACUGGACCGCCGGCGGGGCUCUCCGCAACGUCCCCGUCCGUGCGGGGCUGCGAAAAAACAAGCCGGCGGCAGAGGAGGAGGGACGCUUCUUUGAGGCGGCGAAGAGGAGGAGAUGCGAUCGUAAUAGUCAAAGUAGCUAA